GGAUAUUAAAGCUGUGUGAAAGGAUAAAAGUUGAGAGUAUUCAGUGGGCCCAAAGAAAACCUGACCAACCAAGAUGACUGAUUUAUGGAUUAUUAGUGUUUGUUUUCUGGCUGAGCUUGUCAUGACCUCUACAUUCACAAAUUCUACAGUGCAGUGUGAAAGGCAAGACAUAUAUCAUGUUCGAGUGAUAGCAGGGGAAGGGUUGUAUUUGCCCUGUCCACACCUUCAGUGCAGCGAUGAAAUGAAUGCUUCAGCUAUAUCAUGGUUCAAAAAUGACAGCAAUGGAAUCCAGCAAAUCCCAGCAGAGGAGAGUGCCAGAGUGCAUUACCAUGGUGCCAUCUUGUAUAUCCUGCCAUUAGCUUUAAAUGACACGGGCCGUUACAUCACACGCUGGUGGUAUGAGUAUGAUAAGUGUGACGAAUUUGAGACUGAUGUUGUUGUCUAUGAGGAGUUCCACACUGAUCAACUAUAUGGAAACUUCUCAGAGCAAACAACCACAGUCGAGAUGUUAUGCCCAGUCUGUGAAAAACAAGAGAAAAACCUCACCUGGUACAAGGAUUUCCACCUUAUUCCUGGCCAGACUGAGUGGAUUCUUCGUGUUCGUCACACCUCAAAGAAAGAUGAUGGCAUCUACACCUGUGUGUGCAGCUGGGAACACUAUGGUCAAACAUUCAAGUCUAGUGGAUCCCAUCAGCUGCAGAUUGUAGAACCUGCAAAAAGAUAUCCUCCAAAAAUUCUCUCUCCCCGUAACAACUCCAUAGAGUUCACAGAUUUAGGUACAAAGCAGGUGCUGAACUGCUCAGUGUUUUUUGGCACCAAUGUAAGGGAUCGAUUCAGAAUUAUCUGGAUGAGAAAUGUCACCCCACUGGAGGGAGUAAAGGGAUAUUCAUAUUACACAAGGGAAGUAAAUAGGACAGUAUUGUCAGUUCUGAAUAUCAAUAAAGUUUCAGAGACAGACCUUCACUCUGUGUUUCGUUGCAUAGCCUCAGAUGCAAAUAAAUGGGUGCAAGUCCUCAUCACUCUCAAAACCAGGGAAUCUGUUCUGCCAUUGGUUAUGAUGUUUUUGUGCAUGAUCCUUCUCUUUCUGGUCACUGUUGGUACAAUGAAGUGGUUUGCUGUGGAUCUGGUCUUGUGCUUCAGAAGCUUCUGGAUUGUAUGGAACAAAAGAGAUGAUGGAAAAGUCUAUGAUGCUUAUGUGAUCUAUCAGAAGGACAACAUGGAUGAUGAAACAGAAAAGAAUUUAGCUCAUUUCAUCAGCACAGUUCUUCCAACUGUCCUGGAGGACAAGUGUGGCUUUAAACUCUUCAUUCAUGGCAGAGAUGACCUACCUGGGGAAGACAGCCUGGAGCUGACUGAUGCAAGAAUGCAGCUCAGCCGGAGGCUCAUAGUGGUGCUAACGCCAGGGGUCUCCAAAGGUCAAAAAGUCAUGACCCCAAAAGGUUAUGACUGGCAUGUGGGACUACACCAGGUGCUGGUUCAACAAGAAAUGAGUGCAAUUCUUAUUCAGCUGGGAGGCAUGAGCAAGUACUCAGAGCUGCCACUGGGUCUGCAGCACCUCCUCUGGAAGACUCCACCCUUGAGGUGGGACAGCGGGAGUCCACAAGCUGCAUGCCCUGGGUCACGGUUCUGGAAGCAAGUGCGCUACAUGAUGCCAGUUCCUACAGCAGCUGCGUACUGUCCAAAAUCCAGUUCUCCAAGGCCUAACUUCUCCCAGGCUUAAAAAGAAUCUGAAAUGUGCCUCUGAUACUUUGUCAUCUACUGCCAUCCACUGUUAUCCAGAACAUAUAAAUUGUAACAUUGUAAUUGUAACAUUACAUUAACAUGCAAGAUUUAUUUCUAUUUUCACAGAGAAACAUACACACCCUUGAUUAAAACUACUAAAACAAGAUGCAUAUCACAUGCUGUUCCUAUGCUAAGCCUAUACACUGCAUUUCCCAUGAUACAAUGGCACAGACAAAAAAAAAAAAAAAA